UUCAGUGUCUUAAGGUCUUCGAACAUAAAACCUUCACAUGUGUAGAGAUCCUCGCUUGCUCUUUGGCGAAACAUCUACAGAAUGAAGACACUUCUUAUGUGUGUACUGAUCACUCUUUUAACAAACUCGCUUGUAGAUGGAAGACAUUUCGAGCCUAUCGGUUGCUUCCAAGACAGAAACCAAUCGCGAGCGUUACCAGAACUUCUCGCAAACUACCGGCCCUUGAUAAAAUGGAAAACUCAAGAUUUCUCUGAGAUCGUCAGCAUGUGCGCAGAGAAAGCAAACCAAAACGAUUACCAAGUGUUUGGGAUGCAGUUCUAUGGAGAGUGUUGGUCCGGUCCUAGUGGCGGGGUGACGUACGAUGAAUACGGACCGUCGGAUAAUUGCGUGCAAAACGCGAGCCGGCCUGUCGGAAAGGAUUGGGCUAACUUCGUCUAUUAUGUACCCCCAAGCUAAUUCAACGGGAGUGACAUAGCAAGAUAUUUCCCUAAGAUGGCUUACUGCCGUGACACCAGCAGUAGUGUCCGUGACGCCCUCGAUUUUAGACGAUGUGUUCUUUGUUGAAAGUCAUGUUGUACGUGUAGAUAUGAAUAAAAGUGAUGACGAUGUUGUUAA